CACUGCAUGGUCUUGUUAUUGCCUAUAGUCUUUGUUCGUCUCCCGGCCGCUGGAGGCGCUAAUGUGACAGUAGAACCUCAAGACCUCCAGGCAGGCGCGAAUUCAAACAUUCAAACUGAGACUUUAAAGAAAACAUUUGCUUUUAAACAUUUUAAAUACGCUAUUCUUCAAGAUUUUAUUCUACAGAACAGUUGUUUGAUCAGAACACAUACUACACAUUUAUUGGUCAGAAUUCACUGAGGUCAUGGGGGUGUCAGAGCUGUGGUCUAUACUGGAUCCAGUCCGGCAGUGUGUUCCUCUCUACAGUCUGUCAGGAAAGACGCUGGCUGUGGAUCUCAGCCUGUGGGUCUGUGAAGCCCAACAUGUUCAGGGCAUGAUGGGAAAAGUCACCAAACCACAUCUAAGGAAUCUGUUUUUCCGCAUGUCCUCUCUCACUCUGAUGGGUGUGAAGCUGGUGUUUGUGAUGGAAGGAGACGCUCCGAAACUUAAAGCAGAGACCAUGAGCAAACGCACGGAGAUGAGAUUCGGGAAGGUGCAGUCCAAACCAGCAGCAGUCAAAACCACCGGCAGGAGUCGAUUCAAGGCCGUUCUGAGAGAGUGUGGAGAGUUGUUGGAUUGUCUGGGUGUGCCGUGGGUGACAGCGGCAGGGGAAGCGGAGGCCAUGUGCGCCUUCCUGGACUGGCAGGGCGUCGUGGACGGGUGCAUCACUAAUGAUGGAGAUGCUUUCCUGUAUGGCGCUCAGACGGUUUACAGAAACUUCAACAUGAACACAAAGGAUCCUCAGGUGGACUGUUAUCAGAUGUCUCGGGUUAAAGCAGAGCUUGGGUUAAGCAGAGAGACUCUCGUGGGUCUGGCCAUUUUCCUGGGCUGUGAUUAUAUUCCUAAGGGUGUUGCAGGUGUUGGAAAAGAACAAACACUGAAACUGAUACACAAUCUGAAAGGACAAACUCUCCUUCAGAAGUUCAGAGAGUGGGAGUCGGACCGCUCUGAAAGGUCAGAGGUCACGGUGAAGAAGGUCACUCACUGUCUGGUGUGCCGACAUCCUGGCUCUGCUAAGACUCACGAGCGCAGCGGUUGUGUGUUUUGUAAGAGCGAGCGCUUCUGCUCACCUCAGGACUAUGACUCUCGGUGUCCGUGUGAUUGGCAUCGCAUCGAACACACCCGCCAGGCGUCCUCCAUCGAAGCCAACAUCAGAAAGAAGACUCUGGCGUGUGAGCGGUUUCCGUUCACAGAGAUCAUCGAUGAGUUCUUGGUGACGAAGGACAAGCCUGCACCGCCCUUCCGGAGGAGAAAACCCAACCUGCUGCUGAUGCAGAACUUUGCUCUGGAGAAGAUGGACUGGCCCAAACACUACAGCAGCGAGAAGGUUCUGGUGCUCAUGACCUACACAGAACUCAUGAACAAGAAACACAACAGAGGCACGGCGGCUCACAUUCAGCCCAUAAGAAUCUAUAAAGCACGAGUCAGGAACGGAGUCAACUGCUUUGAAGUGAUCUGGAAGAAACCAGAUCAUUAUGUGUUUGCUGAGGGCUGUGAUGAGCACACAGAGGUGAGGACCGUUGAAGAAGAAUCUCUCUUUACUCUGGCGUAUCCUCACAUCGUCCAGGACUUCAACAGAGAGCGGGCUGAAGCGCAGGAGAACAAAACAAAGAAAAAGAAGCCGAAGGCACCAAAAGAGAAGCCGAGGGAUUCUCAUGACGUCAUGUCCGAUCUCUUUGAUCAGAUGUCUUUGCACACGGCUGCAGAUUCAGAACACUCAGACUAUGGUGUACAGAAACCCUCCAGUGAUGUCAUCAUGAACCCCACACAGAGCAAACCUCCCGAGACCCCACAGAAUCCAGCCUCCCCGACCUCACCGCCUCACAAUUCUGUCUCUGCUCUGAUUGGCCAGCUGCAGCUCAGCAGUAUAGACUGGGAUUCUUCAUCCUUCAUGGCAUCUCCAUCCCAGCAGUCUCCGAGCAAUAAGACUGAGCUCAGAUCAGCAGGAGACGCCACUGAUCUCACUGUUACUGUUGAGAGGUCUCUUAAGGAGCGGCUUGCUAUGAAAAAUGUUGUGAAGUGUCAUGUGUUGAAAGAUGGUGUGCAGAAGACACACAAGCCCAGCGGAUCAGAGAGUCUCAAAGCAGAUUCAAACCUAUCUGUGCUGUCGAAAGUUCCUCUGUGUCCAAAAACACAAGCAAAGGUCACCAAACCAUCUACAGACCUGACAGAUCUACAGACCGUCACAGCUAAACCUCCGAACUCUUUACAUUUGAAACCCAGCGUCCCGCUGGAGAGAAAAGCACACAGCGUGUGUGUACGGCAUGAUUCAUUCAGUGACGACAGUGACGCAGAGAAUCGACCCAGAUCACAGAAACACAAAGUCAAGGUCACGUCCAAACCACAGAGACCUGACAAAACCAGCUCAAGCCAUCAGUCCAGACCACAGAAAUUAUCCUGUAAUGACCAGCUGAGUGCUGUGAACACUAAAACUCCAAAGAAACACACCGCCGUCAUCCGGUCCACUCACCUGCAUCAUGUGAAGAUGGAUGAUGAUGAUGAGGAGGAUGAUCCUGUGGACAGUCCUCUACCUCUCGCUGAAAGACUCAAAAUUAGAUUUGCAAAGUGACUGUGAUGCACUCCAGUGAAAUGAAGGAGCUGAAAUGAGUUUUCAUGAGACCAUGUUUGAAAAUACAAUUUUAUAAUAAAUUUAGCCCAAAUAAAAUUCCAUCUCUGAAGUGCAUUUAAAAUCAAUCUUAAUAACAGAUACAUGUGUAGAGAGAAACAUAGCACGUUAACACACAUGUGUCUGCAAUAAACAACUUUCAAAGUGAAACAUAAAGACAUUGUGAUUUGAGAUACUAAUAUUGAAUUAACUGCCUUAGGCCUAAAUAUGUCAAAUGUUAUAAAUGAAUAUAAAUCAUAACAAUUGAAAUGAAGUUGUUGGUUGUAUUUGAUAAAUUUCGUUCUCCAACAUCACAGCUGCACAAAUGUAACAUAAUGAUCCAAGUUUAGAUCAUCGGCAUUUAACUGAUUUAC